UUUGUCAAAAUUGGAUGAAGCUGACCCCAGAGCAGGAGAAGUUUUACGGAAAGAUAUUAGAAGAUGGUCAAAAUCGGGGAAACCUUAUGGUACAGGAUCAAGAAUGGGGACUUCAAAUAUUGGAAUGAGUUCAGUCGGAAUACCUAUAGGGGAGCUCUUAUCACAUCACUCUACUUCAGCAGAAAACAUAAGAAGUUUCCAGCAACUAGAGAAACUUCGCAUCCUCUUGAUUGUUUCAGGGUAUUAUGAUGCAGAGAAGAGCUUCAAGAGGGAGAUUCUAGUCUCAGCUGAAUCUACUGAGCUUAUGAAAAGCCUGCUCCAGUUUAUCUACUCCUACGCAAAUGUGCUUCCACUCAAAGCUUUGCGUCAAUCAGGUCUAGCUACUGAGAUGAGGGUGUUCGAGAUUGAAAAAAUUGUAUCAAGGAAGACGAUUGAGAAACUUCUGGAAGAAUUCAACGAGAUGGCAAAAUAAUAUAAAAUUUACAGGCCAUUCCACAUUUGUUGUUGUGUUAAGAAUAUGCAUAUAUCUCAUGUUCCAAUAAGGGUCAAGAGUAUACAUGUGUGUUACUUUAGUAGCUCCAAAGAACCUCUAUAUCUACUAGUUACUACAGGAUGUUUGUUUCUCUUCCAAACAUAGUCUGUAUGUAUUGUGAUAAUACUGCCACAUAUAUGGCGAUAAUCAUUUCAUUUUUUUAGUGCUCGCACCAAAUAUGUCGAAAGGGGUUCUAAUUUCUUCUUGUGGAA